AUGUCGUGUCUGUCGCCAGAUGCCACAACCACAAUAACCUCCCGACCAAAACUCACCCUCCAAACCACCUCUCUCCCUCGUACAUUCGGCACUUCCACCACUGGCCUAUCCUUCUCCUUCGCAGCGGCACCGGCUUCAUCGCCCACCGUUCGAAAUACCUUCAAGAAUGCCUACGAAGUCGCAUCCCCAUCUUCAGCGACCUCCCCCUCCAAAUCUACCCGCUACAACAAACCGACCUCCCCCUACAUCCUACACGCGAACAAUAAUAUCUUCAACCACCGCAGCCCCUACCAACUACCCAUCGGAGUGCGCAGCAUUUUACGCAACUCCCCACUAGAACCCUCAACACGCCGACGAUCAGGUUCCAUAUCAGCGGGCGGCAAUGGCCCCAACAGCGCAGCCUCACGUCGCGUCUUCUUCCCGGCAAAGAAACAAGUCAGCUACCGGUACCCACUGGAGGAAGAGAUCCGAACAGAACGCUACACCGCGCAACAUCUCGACCUCGUGACGGAGGAGGCAGUGCAAACCGAGGCAGACACAAAGACCCCACCUGAGACACGCCCCGCCCCGUUCCCGAACCUCGAAGGCGAAAAAGAGGACUCCGAUAACAGCCCGUCCUUAUCAUCAGAGACAAGUGCCUCGGGCGAUGAUACGAGUGCUGAUGAAGGCAUGCGCGGGUCGCUCUCCAAGACGGAACGCAAAAAGCGCCGCACGAUGCGCAUAGAGCGUCAGGUUCGGGCGGUGGCGCUGCUAGAUGGCUUUGAGGCUGACGGUUUGUCCAUGCCGCAGACUGCACGGCAGGGUCGGGCGAAGCGUCGCAGGGAAUGGAAAUGGACUCUCGGGCCCGUCGAUACGGCCUCGAACAAUGGCCCCGACAAUGUCUCAUUAUUGCACGCGGCACAGGGUACCUCUGGAUCAGAGUCUCUCCGAGUAUCCACCGAAUUUGCACCCGGUCAUUAA